AUGAUUGUCUGUUAGUCCUUCCUGUUGAAGUGGUUGAGGCGUAGAACGAAAAUAAAGAAUAGUUUGUAGUUGAAAAGAUUUGUCACGAUGUUAUCAUUUUUUCAAAGGAUUCUUGACUGGUUCAAGAGCUUGUUCUGGAAAGAGGAAAUGGAGCUUACGCUUGUCGGGUUGCAGUAUUCUGGAAAAACAACAUUUGUCAACGUUAUAGCUUCAGGACAGUUUAGUGAAGACAUGAUCCCAACAGUCGGUUUCAAUAUGAGAAAAAUAUCAAAGGGGAAUGUCACAAUCAAAUUGUGGGAUAUAGGUGGUCAGCCGAGAUUCCGCAGCAUGUGGGAGAGGUACUGCAGAGGUGUUAAUGCCAUUGUGUACAUGGUGGAUGCAGCUGACCAUGAUAAGUUGGAAGCCUCUCGGAAUGAACUUCACAAUUUGUUAGACAAGCCACAGCUUCAGGGCAUUCCUGUACUGGUACUGGGCAACAAGCGUGACCUGCAGGGUGCACUUGACGAGAGAGAGCUAAUCGAGAGAAUGAAUCUUUCAGCAAUACAAGACAGAGAAAUAUGCUGUUAUUCCAUAUCAUGCAAGGAAAAAGAGAACAUAGACAUUACCUUACAGUGGCUGAUUCAACACUCCAAGAGUGGACGAUAAAGGACCAACAGUGCAAACAUGGACUGAGUGAGAUGAUGAUAAUGCAGAAAAGUGACGUCUGGAAACGCUUUAUACAAAAUUCCUGCGUGUCUGUGAUGCGAGCUUGGGGAAGGAGUAAUGCCUUGAUUUGAGUCCAAUGGAGAGAAAGUGGCUGUGCAUGUUGCCUCGUAAGAACAAUGAUUUUGUGUAUGGAAAUGUUUCCCUGUUUCUUGAUUCUUGCAUUUUUUAAAAAAUUGUAUGAUACUCCCUUUAAGUUUCUUUCAUAGAUGAAGAAUUAGAAAUAUCAAUAUCAUCCUUUUUAUCACCUUUCAUCCAUGACCCGAAAUGAAUUUCAUUCCUUCUUUGGGUUGAGAUUUUCAUUAACAGUAUCUGUAUUUGUGAUUGCUAUGAUUAUGUUUGCAUUGCUCUUACUAAAACUUGAUGGAUAGUAGAUGAUGGUUCCUAAUAGCUCAGAUGCUGCUUUUUGACAAAGAUUUUCUUGAGUUCUACCACAGAAGUAUUUAAACCCAAUCGAAAGUCAGGGGAAAGUGUACUUGUAUUAUAAAUCUGUUUUGGAGGAUUUUUGUUCCACUUGGCUGUACUGCUUGUCUGUGUCACAGCAUUAUAGUCAGACAGCUUUGCCAUAGUAGCAAAUAGUGUCUGUUGAGGGAGCGAACUGUGAAUUCUCAUUUUUGUGCAAUACUGGAACAGUACAAAGAAUUUGAUCUUUCUCUUCUUUACAUGUUGUGGUAAAAGACUGUGUGGUUUUGAUGGUCUACUUAUUAUUUUCUUGGACCUGAGCUCAGCAUUCAAUCGAAUCCUGGGUGGUUUUCUUUUAAAAAAAUUUUCUUCUGUGCGAUGGAAUGCACCGUAAUCAGGGAGAUAGUGUUGUUUGAGCCGUUAUCAUUUCCAUGGUGCUCUUCCAAACGUGUGCAAAAUCUGGCCUCUCCAAGUUGACUCUGUAGGAGAUUAGCUGGACAGCUGUGUGAGUGAAUUUGUUUUGAUUCCUCCAUCUUUUAACUCUAAGACUGUUUGGAGAGUCAUUAUGGCUCUCUGCCCAUUUGUACAGAUGUUAGUUCAGAGGUUCUACCUCCUGUUAAUGUCUGCAUUGGUAUGGUUUUGAAAGGAACACAGGACUCAAGCUUGUCUGCAAUAUGAAGACUUACAGUUAAAUCUACGGUUGAAGUAGUAGGAAAUUUCUUACUGGGACAGGCUAAGAAGGUGUGUAACAGUGAAGUAUUUAUUGUUCAAAAUUAUGUAAUAGUUCUGAUGCAUGUUUGUAGACUUUUUGUUUGCCAUGUUGUGAAAGUCAAAUUUCUUCUGUAGAUCAUUUCUUCAUAGUUCAGCAAGAUACUUUGAGCUUGAAGCUUUACAGCAGCCAUUUUUUCCAUGUGUUUCACAUAUGGCAGUGAAAUUACAAUCUUGCCUUUUUUUUUUUCUUGUCCUUGUUUGGCCAUCAUUAUGGUGGGUAUC